UCUUAUUCGUCUGCGAGAAUAGCUUUUCAUCUUCAACACAAUGGCUCUCUUUGGAUCAAGUACUACCUCGGCUGCACCAGCUGUAACACAACUGUCCAACCAAAUCAAAACACAGCUUCAAGAGCAAAUUGCUCAGGAGCUCGCUGUUGCAAACGCUACUGAGUUAGUCAACAAAAUCACCCAAAAUUGUUUCGAUAAAUGCAUCGAUCAGCCUCAAGAUCUGAUUUCCCCACAACAGAACACAUGUGUCAGUCAAUGUUUGGAAAAGUAUAUGAGAUCAUGGAACGUAAUCUCGAAAACGUACAUUUCUCGUAUUCAAAACGAGAAAGCGAACUAAUACUGUAAAUAGCCCCAAUUCUACGAUAUAUAUUUGAAUAUGAUGUAGCAAGUACGAAGGAAGAAUGCCCAUA